ACUGUACUAGUGUCGCUGGGGAUGUCAGUGACACCAAGAAAUGCUCAGCAUAAAAAAAUACUGAAAACUGGGCAAAACUGUACUAAUGGCGCUGGGAAUGAAGGGGUUAACAUCUGGGGCGAUCAAAGGGUUAACUGUGUGCUGUUUCACUAUGGAAGCUGUGUGUGUGCUUCACUGUAAUCACACUGCUUUGUAUGGCUCUGCUAUGCAGAGCCAUACAAAGCAGUGUGCAGGAGCUGACAGGGGAGAGAUCUAUGUUGUUUAUACACAAGUCUCUCCCCCG